GCAGCUGCAGGCAGCAAGCAAAAGGCAGGAGCCGAGCUCAGGCGAAACACUAGGACGCGGCUUCUAGCCGCCCAAGCCGCCCUGCCCCUGCUCAGCUUCCUCUACCUCUACCCUUGGGCGGACGAGAGCCGCUGGGGGGAGGACAGCGCCAGCCUGCUGUUGCUGCCCCCGGCGCCGGCGGCUACAAGGCUUGGAGGACGGGGAGGAGGAGAGGCAGGCAGGAGGAGCAAGGGCUGUGGAGGCGGCGGCGGCGGCGGCGGCAGCCACAGCCACCCUUAUGCCGAGAGGAUGCUGGAGAGCGGCAGCUGCAAAGCUCUGAAGGAGGGGGUGCUGGAGAAGCGCAGCGACGGGCUGCUGCAACUGUGGAAGAAGAAAUGCUGCAUCCUCACCGAGGAGGGUCUGCUGCUCAUUCCUCCCAAACAGCUGCAGCAGCAGCAGCAACAGCAGCAGCAGCAGCAGCAGCAGGGGGCCGCGGCAGAGCAACCCCAGCCGAGCCCUCCAGCCACAGCCGCCGGCCUCGAGCCACCUGCAAAGCUCAAGGAGUUGCAUUUCUCCAAUAUGAAGACGGUGGACUGCGUGGAGCGCAAAGGCAAAUACAUGUACUUCACUGUGGUCAUGGCUGAGGGCAAGGAGAUCGACUUUCGGUGCCCCCAGGACCAGGGCUGGAACGCAGAGAUCACGCUGCAGAUGGUGCAGUACAAAAACCGUCAGGCCAUCCUAGCCGUGAAGUCCACUCGGCAGAAACAGCAGCACCUAGUGCAGCAGCAGCAGCAGCAGCAGCAGCAGCUUUCGCGGGACCAAUAUCCCCACCCGCAUUCUCACUCCCAUCAGCACCCGAACCCGCACGCACAACCCCAGCAGCUGCCUCCGCCACCAGCUCAACAGCAGCUGCCGGGCCACCGCCUCCUUCGAAGCACCUCCAACUCCGCCUGAAAGGGGCUCAGCUGCUUCCUCACGCAAACCAGACCAGGUUGAAUUAAAGAAUUCUUCGGAAAGAACUUCUUCAGUUGGUCGGAAAAAUAAAAAAACAACUCCUUCACCAGACUUGGACUUCACCUUUGUGGUAACCUGUGGCUUGCUCUCCAUCCUAAUUAGUUUUCUGCAGAGCCCUCAUCAUAAUGCAGGGAAGAAUUUAGAGUCAUGAAGACUUUUGACGGUUAAUUAUGAACUUUGGACGGUUUUUAACCUUUGACGGUUAUUUAUGAAUCUUCUAGAUUGUUGGGACUUUCUAGGAGAAUUGAUGUAUUGUAAUUUAAUUUGAAUGUAUUUUAAUUUGAAAUUAUUUAUUAGUUUUUCUUAAUUCUCAGACAUUUCUGAAUGUAGGCCAUUUUCAAGAAACAAUUUGUCAAACCCCAUUUGUCAAAGCCAAAUUCUGAUCCUUGAAGAUGUGGGAUCUCAGAAGAUGUGGGGAAAAAGAGACAGGAAUGAAGACUUUAAUAAGGAUACCAGGCUGAAUGUCAGGUUGCCAGGUUGACUAUGAUGGUUUAGGUUUUUUAUUUGAGCUAUAUUUUGGGUAGAAUUUAGUUAAAAUCAGUUGGGUAUUUAUAAGAAAGUUUCUUUGAAAGAGAACAAAAUUUGGUUUCAAAAUAUUUAUUUGAAAAUCAUCUAGCUGGGGGCAGCUAGAUAGAUAGUGCAAUGAAAUUAGGAGUUCAAAUGGUUCAAAUCUGUCCAUUAUACUUCCUGUGUAACCCUGGUCAAGUCAAUUGCCUCUGGGGGAAAAAAAUCAUCCAGCUGUUUCAAAGAAACCCCCUGUGGGGGUGAAAAACUUUAGCUAUUAUCCACAUGGCAGACUUGCCAUGUGGAUUUGGUUGUGAUUCAUUAACUUAAAAAUAUUAAAUUAUUUUGAAAAGGAAGCAGGAAAGAGAAUGGUCCAAGUUUUGAACCAUUUUGGUUUUUUGACCUUAUGUGAGUAUGAGCUUUCGCCAAUCCAAUUGUUUGAUUUGAAUUUAAUUAUCUGACCUUUUUUUUGCAUUGCUUUUUGAAGAAUUCCUCAGUCCAGGUUGUGAAUAUUUGAAAAGAUAGCAUUCAUAACAAAAAAGCUACUUUUUUUGUUUUGUAGAUCUGCAAGAUGUGAAAAAAUCCUUGGUAUUACAAACUCUGUAAUUAGAAAAAGAAAAUGAGAGAAAGUAUAGUUUACAAACUAUAUAGUUAUUAUAAUAAUAAGAAUAAUUAUAAUAAUAAGAAAAUAUAGUUUAUAAACUGAUAAAAGUCUUAAAGUUUGAAAACUUUUUUCCCUUAAUUAAAAAAAAAAACAAAAACCAACAAUCCUAAAUCUGAUACCAGAUUUUGACCAAUAUUGUAGAUUGCUGAGCACUCAAAAAAGGUCAAGAUUGUUGCUUGGAUUAGAGCAGAUAGAUUUAUUUAUACUCUAUACAUUUAAGUAAGUAGAUUGUAACUUUAGAGUCAGUCCACAAAACAGUCAUAGCGACUUUCCUAGAGUCAUCAUGCCUUAGCAUCUCUACUAAAACCAUCAGUUUUUCAAGUAAAUUGAUUUGCUUUUAAAGAAUCAUGUGGCUUUGAAAUGGGAUUGUGAAGGUCAUCUAGUCCAGCCUUGUCCUUAUAAGCCUAAAAUUUAUUAUCUAUUCACAGUGAUUCACCUAGCAAAAUGAUUCAUUACCUAGCAAAGCAACUCUUUUAAAUUUGGUAAAUUCAUAUGCUAUGAUUAAGAUUUGUACUGGGUAUGAAGUGCUUUAUUAUUAUUUUAUUUAUUUAUAUUUUAUAAUUUUUUUAAUGCACAUAAAUCCAUUUAAAAAAAAUAAAGGGUGAAUUGUUUCUGUAACUGGGAAAACAAUUAUCUAUCUGCAUCCUAGAGUUAGAAUUGGAAAAGUUUCCUUUCAAUUUACAAAUUAGAAAUUUGGUCACAGGUCACAUAGCUAGGCAUUCCUUAGCAACUAGCCUGACUCUUAUUUAAUGUGCUCAUGUAUAGUCUGGUUUCUUCGAUGGAAGUCACCAGUCUGGUGGCUCUGAUUGUGUUUGACCAUCUACUUUUUGAGCAGAUUUUUAUGUUUUGGAGGUCAUUCGAAUAAUUGGAAGGAUCAUAGAAUUUAAUUUACAGAGAACUUUAGAGAACAGAGUUGUGCCUCCUUAAAACAAGUCCCCAGUCAUGCAGUGGGAGAGGUAGGAAAGCAGCUAAUGAACAUGUCAAAUAAGUGAGAUAGUAAUAGAUUAUAUUUUUUUAGGUUUGCAAAAUGAUUCACAUUCAUUAUGUCACUCUAGGUCCCUAAAUUGGUGAAGUAGAAAGUGGGUCACUUCUCUCAUUUUACAGUCAUGAUAGAGUCUCAGGACUUUUGGCUCAAGUAUUUUCUUAUAUUUCUAGCACAUGACAGUAAUGACUUAUAAUGAAUUGCACAGCAUGGCACUUCAGAAAAAGUUGCCUGGCUUUGGAUAUUUGGGUUUCAUUCUUGGACCUUCCAGGUGCCAUGCAAAUCACUCCACUUUCUGCAAUUGUGAAAUGAGGUUGUCUAUGACUAGAAAUUUUGCUUUAAGAAAAAAGUUUUUUUAAAAAGAUAUAAAUUAAAUUUUUUUUCAUUGUUUUACAUUUGUCAGGUGGGCAAUGCAAAGGAUCUACUUUGCACAAUGCAACUAUUUCCUUCCAAGGUCUCUGUAGCUCAUAUGCUUACUUAGAAAAUGCCUCCCCCUUACCAGCCCUCAAGGUCUUUUGAAGACCAAGAAAAUACCUUUCUCAUGGAGAUAAGUAAAUUUUCUCCUUUAAUCUAAGAUAAUAAAGGAAGGAGAACAUUUGAAAAAUCUAUUCAGACUGGGCAUUUGGAGAGUGAAAGAAAGGAAACUUGUGUAUCUUGAUCCUUGAAUGCUCUGUAUCUGGUAAGGACUCAAAUAUUUAUUGCUGCUACCCAGUAUCCCAGAUAUAUUUGAACAUGUUGUUUUGCUAUCCUUUGCUAUUCUAUCUCUUUUCUAGUACAGCAUUAGUACAGACAUGUCAGUCCUAUUUGUUACUCUCAUCACAGAGGUAUAUGCAUCACAACUCAGGCAGCCUGUUUAUAGAACUUCAAAACCAGCAGGAAUCAUUGGAUUCUCUGAGACAUGAUAAGACUUCAAAAUCUGCAGGAAUCAUUGAGUUGAAAAAUUGUUAAGACAAGACUAUUGCAAGGAAUAUUAGCAAAAUACAUAAUUGCUUGACAAGACUUGCUAGCUAGCUACUAUUGGGGAAGGUGGAGUUGAUACUUGGCUUUCAUAUUAUUUCAAUAUUAUUUAUUUUAUAAAUAAACAACUCAUAAGAAGUUCCAGAAAAAUUGUCAGAAAGUCUAUGAAAAAAACUCUGAAAUGCCUGAUUUUGGCUCUCUCCACAAGUGUCUGGACUCACACUUAACAAAUUUAAUAAAUGUUUACAUUAAAUGCCAUAAAAGAUGCAAAGUUAAAACUUUAUACUUGGGCAAUUAGAUUGCUGUGAGCUAACCUUUCCUGCUGAUAGUUUCUUUGUUCAGUUAUAUUUAAUUGUCCAAUAAUUUACUCUAGUUAUGUAUUAUUAUUUAAAAAUAGCGUGGAAGCCUUUUAGAAGAGCUCACCUAGUUAUUUUCAGGAAUUGGCCUCUGCCAAUAUUUCAGGAUUUCAUUUAUUGUUGUGUUCUUAGUGAUCAUACUAAAACUUUGACCAAUAAAAAUAUCUAAGAUGUAAAAUCAAUUAGCUGCAUCACUUUCAAAUCUUAAAUUAAAAGUUUUGUGAUUUGGUUUUAUCAUGUUCUCUAGGAGGAAUAAUUCUGCUAAUUCCAAACAAUGUAUGAUGUCAAAAUGGUUGAAAUGACCAUUAGUAUAUAUUUUUGAGAGGUAUUUUUUGUUUUCUUCUCAGAUGGUUUUCCUAGAGUCCUUUUCUGUCUUUGUUUCUAUGAAUAAUCUCCCCUCUUUUUUUUCUUUUUCUGGACAAUAGUUUUCAAAGUUAAUUUUUCACCAGUGAUGAUGGCAACUAGCACAAACUUAUAGAAAUGAUCUACUCAUUUGUUGAGAAAAUUGCUUAAAACACAGAGUCCAGUUUUUCCUGGAAAAGAAUCAUCCCAGUACAUCAUUCCAGAUCUACAGAUCUACACCCAGCUGAUAAAAGAUAUUUACAGUGUGUAGAACUGAAAGCUGUGAUGAAGCUAUGGAAAGUUUUGGUAACAAAAGGUCUUCUGAGAUUUCUUAAUAAUUGAUUUUCCAGAGGCAAGAUGACAAAUCUUUUGCCAAUUGUAUUCUUCACUCUCUUUUUCUUUAAGAUUCAUAACAGUUUCUGAAAAGUGGAAGAUAUAUAUCAAAAGAUAUAUCAAAAGUUUUCUAGUUUUCUUCCUUGUGAAGUGACUAGUGUUAUUUUAGCGUAAAUAAGAUAUCUGAAAGAUGUGAUUUAUUUUUCAUAUUUUUUCAAAAUACAUUCCAUUUCCAACAAAGAGAUAUCUAUUGAAAUGACCUAUUGGCUUCCAUAAAAACUUCAUAUACUAAUGUAUAUUAGUAUACACCACAGGUGCUAGCUGGAGAGAUGUUUCCAAAUGGUCUGAGAAUCUCAGAAGGCACUUUCUCCAAAGGGGGUGUUCUUUAACCUGUCUUCACAGAGAAAAAAAAGCACAUUUUUUUUUGAAGGGUUAGAGGUUUUAUUUUUGUUUUUGUUUUUUGACAUUCUGUGGGAUUUUCCAACAUGUGAUAAUUGGCAAGGGAAUUUGAAUUAGAUUUCAUAAUGCUGAUUUCUUUGUUACCUUAAAGAGCAUUGAUUUCCAAUCUGGCUUCUGUUUUAUUGGCUUUUUUGAUACAUUCCAGGGUUUCUUGACUCACUUUCCUGAGGAUUGGCCAAGAUGGUGGGUGGCGGUAGUGAUUGUGCUAAAGGAAAGCCUCUUACUGACAGAUCAUGCUGAUCUGUCAGACAGAUCUUACUAAUCAUUGUUGGCAUCCAAAAGAUUUUUAAAUAGGUGAGGGCAUUUAAUUAUUGGAGCACAGUGCUCCAAUAACUGAUGAUCUAGGUUUUCAAGAUUAAAAAAAAAUGGUAAGAGGAAAGUUUGCUACAAGAGGAGAGAAGUAUUGUGGUGGACUUUGCAAAUGACCUGGGUUCAAAUCAGAGGUCUCUUAUUUCCUGUGUGGCUUUGAGUAAGGCAAUUAACCCCUUUAAUUAGCACCUCUCUUUUGGGGAGUGAUUUAGAUGCUUUCAGUUAUCCAACACUUUAUGAUCCACUUGGAGUUUUCUUGGCAGAUAACUGGCUGGAUUUGCCAUUGCCUUCUCUAACUUGAUUUACAUAUGAGGAAAUUGAGACAAUCAGGGUAAAUAACUUACCCCAAUUCAUACAGUUAAUGAGUGUCUGAGGCCAGAUUUGAACUUAGGAAAAUGAGUCAGGAUGACUCCAGACCGGGAACCCACUGGUUGCCUAACUAUAUCCUUAAAUCUAAUUUAGCUCAACUAUAAAUUUAUAUGGUUGAGCUUGAUAACUCAAUUCAUUAUAAGUGAAAUUACUGUUAUGUGCUAGCUCACAAUUUUGUAGAAUUGUUGGAAAUAACCUCCUUCAGUGCACUGAGAAUAAAAACCUUUAACUUACACUGAAAUAGUGCUUUUGAGAUGUGCAAAGUCAUUUACAUUUGUUAUUUCAUUUAUUUGUUCCAAAGUAUUUCAUGAUUAGGUACUAUUAGCAUUUGAACGUGUAGUUGAGGAAAGUAAAGGUAAGGGAUGGUGCAAGGGAUAGAGCAUUAGCCCUAGAGUUAGGAGGACCUGCUGCCCAGGAUUACACAACUGGGAAAUAUCUGAAAAUUUACACCCAGGUUUUCCUGAUUCUAGCAUUUUCCUGCCCUCUCCUUACACCCCUUUUCCUCCUUCCUUCCUCCUGAAGGUCUGCUGAAAUAUAAUCAUCAAUGGAUCUCUCUUUGUGGGCUAAGAGAAAAUUUUAUUUGAAGAAGGAACUAUAAAGUAUUUGACAUUUUAACUGUUUAUACAAAACUAUUUAUGAUGUUAGUGAUCCCAAACACAUGACAUUAACUGGAGGUUAUGUCUCCAUCUCCAUAUCUUAGCACUUAAAAAAUACCAAGCUGAAAAACUUCCCAAGCAAAAUUUAGAUAGUUCCUAUUCUUAUUUCUGGUGAAAAAGUAUCAGAGGAUGUAAAUAACAGAGAUAGUAGGAUGAAAUGAAAGAGACUCCCAGAACUCUUGUCCAGUUGUUUCAGUCCUGUAUGGAGUACAGUACCCUAUACCCUGGAGUACCCUCUUUGGAGUAGUUUGCCAUUUCCUUCUUCAGUUUUUUUUACAGAUGAGCAAGUUAAGGUUAAGUGACUUAUUCAGAAUCACAGAUCUAGUAAGUGUCUGAGGCAAGAUUUUAACUCAAGUUUUCCUGGCUUGAGGCCUAGGGCUCUGUGCUAUCUAAAACUUCACUUUCCUUUGCCAUAAAAUAAGGUAAUUGGAUUAUAUUGAUUCUAAUUUUUGAUUAUUAUUUCAUUGAUUAUUCAUCAAAUAUUUUAAGAGAACUUCCAUGAUCCUGUGAUAGAAUUUCCUCAUUUAUAAAAUUGCUACUUGUAAAUGAAUCCCUAGGAAACCUACAGCUUUCAUAUUCUAGAGUUUCAUGGCUUGCCCAAGGUUACAUUGGGAACUUUAAGUACCACACUGUCAGCACCUCCCUUUCCUCUCCCCCAAAAAACAAAUCCAAGGCUUUCAUAACCCUCCCUUUUUUUUUUAUCUUGUUGACUCCUUUCUGUCAUCAGUCACAAUCUAAUAAAAAUGAAUCUCAAGAAUUUACCAUAAUAGAUAGUGAUUCCAUCAUUAUUAGUAAGUAUAUAGAAAGCCACAGUGUACAUCUUCCUUCAUCUUUCAGAUACUGAUUCAGUUAAACCAAGCUGGGAAGUUAAAGAUGUUAAAAAAUUUUUUUUUAAAUGGUGCUAGCAAUUUUUAGGUGUAUUGUGUGGUACAUGAUGGGCAGUUUUACAUUUCACUAUGGCAUGUUAGCUCAACUAGAAACAAUAUAAGGCAACUCUUGGGCUUUUGUAGUCAGCUGCUUGUGCUUUUGACCCAAUGCUGUGUUAGUACUUACUCAUAACAUCACUGUCUGUCAAAUCAUUUGAAAAAAGAAACCUUAGGCAGGAAACUAAUUGGGUCAUACAAUUAUGACUCGAACCCCUCUUCUGCUGAACUCUCAUUAGAGAAACUUGUCCUACAGGAAACAUUACAUUGAGAUAGUCUCCAUGGAGACUAUUUGGCCCAAGGGACUAAAGGUUGAUUAGCUACUAAAGAUGAAGAUCUCAGAUGGGAAAAACCUGAGAACUCUAGAGAACCAUGGAGCAUUGGAUCUAUUUUAGAGCAUCCUGGUUGAAUCUGGGAACACAAAACACCAAGUCUCUGGACUUGGUGUCAGGGAACCCCAGGUUCAGAUCUCUAGUUUUGGGCAUUUACUUUUAUAAAUAAGAUUUUGAUUUCCAUUUUUUCCCUCCCUUUCUCCUCUUGUCUCUCCCUGAAAUGAUAAUCUGAUAAAAGUUGUAUGUAUAUAAUCAUAUUAAACUAAUUUCCACAUUACUCAUGUUUUCCAGGCAUUCUGUUUACUAGCCAAGGAAGGGGAAUAUAACAGCUAGAGCAUUUAUUUGAUUAGGAUCAAAUACUGCUUGAGCAAGUGAUUACUAUGAAUUUCAGUUUCUUCAUUUACAGUAUGGAGAUAAUAAUAUUCAGUUCAGCUCAGUCAGUUUUCCCUCAUGUCCCACUCCCAGCCCAUUUGGGAUUUUCUUGGCAAAGAUACUGGAGUCUUUGCCAUUUCUUUCUCCAGCUCCUUUUACAGAUGAGGAAACGGAGGCAAAUAGGAUCAAGUGAUUCACUGCAUCACACAGCUAGUAAGUGUCUGAGGCCAGAUUUUAAAAGAUGAGACUUCCUGACAACAGACUCAGUACUCUAACCACUAUGUCAUCUAGUUGCCUUAUUAUAUUACUUAACCUUCUCACAGGGCUGUAAGGCUGUGAGAACCAAAUGUCAAUGCAAACCUUAAGGUUCUAUAUGCAUUUUUAUAACUACUACAUGUAAUAAUACCUUGGACAAGUACCUUCUGGGAACUAGGGUAUUCAGGGUUUUGACUUCUUAUUUCUAAAAUGAGGGACUUGGACUUGAUAUUUCAAGCUCUAAAUUCUAGGAUUUUCUGAUUCUCUUGGUAUUAUCUUCAUGUUACAUGGAUUGUCACAACCAGAAGAGGUUUUAAGGCUAGCUAUACCAGAUUAGAAUUGAAUUGAAACCAAGUAGGUGUCAUGCAUCCUUAUUAGCUAGAGUGUUUGUCUACUGAUAUUUAGCAUCUUUUGGACUCUAGAAAUCAAAUAUAAUUAUGCUCUACUCCAUUUGACCCUGCCAGAGACAUAAUAGCUGGAACAAACACUGUUCACAGAUUACUUUAAAUUACACAUUUCUUCACUACAAAACUGAUGGAUCUUUCCCUGUUAGAACAGCUGGUGGCAGGAAAUAAGUUCUACAUAAAGAUUUUUUAUUAUUUUUUUAUUGGGAAGGUUAAUUGCACUAACUCUUAAUGAACAAAGUCUGGGACCAGUAUGGUGAGUCCUUGGGAGUGGCUAAGGUCAGAAAAAGGGAGUUUUAUGGUAUCCCAACAGUCCAACCACCAAACUUCACCCACCUAAAGCAAAAGAAUUCAAACUUGCUACUCUCAAAUAAUUUUAACUUUGUGAUAGUAAAUUCUAAAGCAAGAUUUAUGCUUACUCAUGUAAACAUAGAAGAGAGUGACUCGUUGCUAGAGUAAAGAAAUUCCAGCUGGUGAUUAAUCACAUUAUUAAGGAGCCCAAUUUUUUCUUCUUGUUUCUGGUUUUGGGUGGCUGAAGAAAUGAUUCCUUAUAAAAUCUUGGCUUGGGUUUUUAAGGACACCUAUUUCAUCAUUAUUCUGUAUUGCUAAAACCAAACCAUUCUAUAGUGUUUGACUAAUCUUAAAAUACCUUUGAGAACUUAACAGAUAAAUUAGACCAUUGUCACAGAAGAAAUGGUAACAUUGUCUCUGAGUAUUUGUGAAUUUGUGAAUAGGAUUAAAUAGGUUUUGCUAAAUCAGCUACUAAUCAUUUCUAAUUUAGAAUAAUUUAGAAUUUAGAAUAAAAAAAUUUUAAAAUAUAGAUACUUGCAGAAGAAACAAACAAUGUGGAAUAAGAUCAGGUAUAUAUUGUCUCCAUCGUUUUAUCUGAUAUGGGAGUUAUUCUAAGGAUGCUUAAAAAUUUUUUUUUUAUUAAGCUUUUUUUUUUUUUUUUUUUUUUUUGCUAAGGCAAUUGGAGUUAAGUGACUUGCCCAGGGUCACACAGCCAGGAAGUGUUAAAUGUCAGAGACCAGAUUUGGUUCUCCUGAUUUCAGAGCUAGUCCACUGCACCACCUAGCUGCCCCAGGCUUUUUAUUUUUCAAAACAUAUGCAUAGAUAUUUCUUCAAUAUUAAUCUUUGUAAACCUUGUGUUCCAUUUCUCCCCUUCCCUCACCCUCUCCCCUAAAUGGCAAAUAGUGUAAACGUGGUAGAAAUAUAUGUUAAGUCCAAUAUAUGCAUACAUAUUUAUACAAUUAUCUUGCUGCACAAGAAAAAAAUCAAAUGAAAUCAGAAAAAAAAAUGAGAAAGAAAAUAAAAUGUAAGCAAACAAUAAAAAGAGUGAAAAUGUAAACCAUACUCAGUUCCUACCCAUAGGUAGGAGGUCUCUGGGUAUAGAUGGCUCUCUUCAUCACAAGGUUAUUGGAACUGACUUGGAUCAAAUCAUUGUUGAAAAGAGCCACAUCUAUCAGAAUUGAUCAUUGCAUAAUCUUGUGGUUGCCAUGUACAAUGAUCUCCUGGUUCUGCUCAUUUCACUUAUCAUCAGUCGCUCUAGUAAGUCUCUCCAGACCUCUCUGAAAUAAUUAUGUUUUUUAAAAAGAAAAUUAAAUCUUAAUGAAAACAUUCUCAAAAAUAUGUUUUUAAAUUAAUAAAAUAAACCACAGAAUAUGCUAAAGGAAAUUGAUUAUAAUGAAAUAUAACUAGUCUCUGAAUAAUGAAUCCCCUGAAGUGAUAGCAAGUAGUCAAAUUCACAUUUGGUUCCAGCUUAGUGCAAAUUAGUUCCAGUGGUGCAAAUCUGAAUAUUGUAUUCCAGGGAUUCAUUAUUCAUACUAAUUGGGACCUAGUGAUCCCAUGUAUUCAGUAGGCAUCUUGAUGUAGGUUUUUUAAAAUGACUUUGAGGACAGCUUUCUAUCCAUUAAUCUAUCCAUUAAUCCUCUGUCUCUUGGAAAAGAGGUAUGGAUGUGUGGGGAACAGCAUAUAUAAGGAAGUCAUAAAGCCCGGACUGAAGUAGAAGUCUAACAUUAAAAAAAAAGUUUGUAUGUAAAGAAGACAAGCUAGAUGUAAUCCUAAAAAAAGAAUAGAUCCCAGAUUACAUCUAGGGCAAACUCAAAUGCUGGGGGAUGAUAGUGACAGGAUAGUUUUCCUGUACUUUCAGAAUUAACCAGUCUACAUUCUGGGUCCAAAUCACAUUAGAUAUGGCUCUGAAAAGAACUUAGUGCUCUUGACUUCACUUAAGUAGAAGCUGCUGGAUGGUCACUCUCAUUUUUUGCAGAAUUCUUAUUCUGAUACUAAUUGUAUUGUAGAUUUUGAGGAGUCUUCCAAUUAAAAUUCAACAAUCCUAUCAUUUUUGAAAGCUUUGUUCUUGGAGUAUAAGCUCUGGAAAGUUCUUUCCAGGUGGAAAGGCUUUGAGUACAUCAUCUGUAUGCCUAACACCCGAGGAUCAGCUUAAUCUGGAGAGAAUCAUGUCUUCAUAGCUGACAGAGAGAUGCUAGAUUUUUUUUUUAUACAGAUAUUAUAAAGACCAUUUAUUGGGGGUGGAGAGAUGAAGAUUUAUAUGGGUGUGUACUAAUGAAAUGGGAAAGACACAGGGAGGAAGUGUGAUGUUCUGAUAAUUUCCAAAGAGCUUCAUACUUCACAUUUUCAUCACAUAACCCUUCAAAGUCAUCCUUCCAUAGCUUGAAGCAACAACAUAAGAGGUUUUAUUCUUGUAAGGGAGAAUCCUGGCUUCCAACAGUUCAGAAGGAUCCUAUUUCACUGUACUAGUGGUGAAGAACAAUGGGUUAUUCAUGGAGAAGAAAGAAGAGGAAAAGGAAGUGAAGAAGCAGCUUUUUUCUCAGCUUUCAGCACUUAUUUCUUUCCAGAUGAGAGACUAGAAAAAGAAAAUGGCAGAAAAUGAAGAGGAAAUGAAGUAUGACUUCUCAGGACUCAGAUUCCUUCUUCAAUGAUUGCCCUAAUUUUGUACCUUUGGGAUUGUGCAGUUAGUAAAUAGUCACCCAUUCAUUUCAUCGUCAGCCAGCAUCUUUUAGAAUGGUGGAGUCUGGGUGUAAUUCAAAUCAGUUCUACAAAAAGUAUCUACAAUGUGGAAGGCAAAAUCCUAGUUAUAAAGAGAACAAAGAAACAAACUAAAAAAAAACAAACCAAAAAAAUCCCUUGCCUGAAAGUAAUUUCUAUUGUAUAGACUAUAGCAACAUACCAAUAAAGAAAAAUGUUGUCUUGGCAA